UUGACCAGCAAUGGACAGAACAUUUUUCUGCUUCUGGAUGGUAAACCAGUCUUGAACAUCACUGACCAAAGUAUGGAUCUCACUCCUGUUAAUGUGGAAAAGAUUAUUUUUGGUGCAUCUCUGACAGCUGAUUCAAAGCUUCAACAGCCAGGUUUCACUGGAUGUUUGCAGUAUUUCAAUGUGACUGGUUACACUCUGCCUGUCAGUGGACACAGUGUGAUGGUGGACGUAUGGCCAAGCUUGACUCUUGUCCAGUCGAGCUGCAGCUCUCCAGGAGUAUGCUUCUCCUCCCCCUGCUCUGAGGAGGACACAGCUAGGAGGGGUUGUCAGUCUGCACACUGUCAAAACCAGUGGAGGUGUGGACCUGCUGUGCAGAACAGGUCGUGUAUCUGUUUAUAUAAUGUCUCUGGCCACACCUGUGACACCUGCAUCUCUACAACAGAGAGCCAUGAUCGAUGCUCUGAGGCGCAGGGCAGUGUGCCUAUGUGGCUCAUAGCUGUGAUUCUUCCUCUAAUCUCCAUCCUGGUGAUUAUAGGAAUGUUUGUUGCCCUUUACAAAGUUAGGCGGUCAAAAUGUCAGAGUGAUAGCUCGCCACAGGAAACGGAGCAAGGAACAGACAACUUAACAUUUCGCUUUGAUGACAACAGAAUGCUCACUGAUACUGCAUCUGCAGGAAAAGAGAAACAACAUGACUCGAUGAGUGCUGAUCAGCAGAGGUUAAGUGUGGAGUUUUACUGUGAUACCAGUCUGUGUCAGCCAGUGCCAAACAGUGAGCUGGAGUAUUAUGAAAUUGGCAGCAUUUCAAGUGCUUUUCAUUCAGACACUGCCUCACUGAAGCUCAGCUGGCACAAGCAUUCGUACAGCACAAAGUGUGUGAAAUCUGACCCUAAACAGUGGGGAGAUCUGAGGGUGCUGUUAGCAGGAUUUAAGAAAGAACGCACCUGCGAAGAGAGGGAAAAAAGUCCUACCAAGCCUCAAAAUGUGGCCCUAAAGAAGCAGUUGUUGAACAAGAGUGAUGCAAAGCAGUCUCAGUCUUGUUACAAGAAGAGGUUCCCACAACCAGAGUUCAUGGAACCUGUACAAUGCCUCACUUUUGAAGAAAUAUGUAAACUAAACACUCCCCUGGAGCAAAAAAUGUCACAACAAGCAUCCCUAAGCAGACCUAGCAAGUCCACCACAAUGAUUGAUGUGUCAUCUGACAGUGAAACAGACAGCACAUUCAUUGGCUCGCAGUCAGAGUGCGGACAGUUUUCUAUCAUCAGCACCAGAAAUUGUAUACAUGACCAAUCAUCCCCAUCAGUGUACAGCUUCAGACAACAAGACAUCUUGCCUGUCUGCUCAUUCUUAAAACACACCUGUCACUGUGCUGCAGGUCAACAUGAAGCUGAGAGUGCUCCCAUCAGUAUGUUUGAGCAAUGGGAAAAUAUUUUAAAUAUGCACAUACCUUUUAGCAGCUAUGCUUCAGUAUAUGAGGAUAUUGCAUGUCUACCCACUGAAUCCAGCCAUAGCUAUGAUAUGCAAAGCGACAUAGAGGAAACUAUUUGAUGAUUGUUAUAUAGUUAUAGCUAAUGGGUCAGGUGGCAGUCUGUUACUUGAUUUAAGAAGAAGAAGAUAUACUUUAUAAAUCCUGCCAGGGGAAACUCAAUGUUUUCACUCUGUUAUUAUUAUGUUAGUUAGUACCUCUCCAGCUACCAGUCCACACUCCACAACUCUGUUCCAAGCUGGAUUCAAACCGGUGACCCUCUGCUUCACAGCCUAAACCUUACAGACUGAGCCAAAUACUGCUGCCCCAAAUAAAUAAUUUUAAAACAUGGAAAACACAAAGUUUUAGUUUGGACUUUGACCAGGUUCUGAACAAGCAGUAUAAUACUGUGUUAAUGUAAUAAUGUAAUAAUGUUUUCACCUAGACCAAAACUCUUGAUCUUUUCAUGUUUACUGUCACUGUCAUGUCACUUCUUGCUGGU